AGGGUCGGGCCCGGGCCGGGGCUGCCUGCGCCGGGCCUCAGGGACGAGCCUUGGCCUGGGGCAGCGCCCCGCCUGCGCUUCCUCUCGGUGAAGCCAUCUAUUCCUUCUUCUGCGUUCCGGGCAGCUUGGCGGCUCCCUCUCCCGCCCAGGGACCUGCCUUUUCCCCUCCGGAGCCGGCCCCUUGCGUCAGGGCUGCGCCUUCCAGCCGGCUGGGCUCCCUCCCUCCUCCGCACUCAGCCACCUUGCCCUCCCUUCCCUCAGUCCGAGUCACAGGUUCCCCUGGCCCCUUUAAGCAGGCGAAGGGCGCCCUCCGCACUCCGCCUUCACUCCCCCUAGGUACCCGCCUGGCUCUCCCCCUCCUUCGGGUACAGCGCUGCUCCCCCUCUCCGUGUACCCUGCCGCUCCCCUUCCUCUUCCUCCUUCGUUAUCCCUUACUUCGCACGUGUCCCUUCCCAGCCUCUCUGCAGGGCCUUGCCUUGUGCCUGCUGCUGAAAGGAGGUGGUCUGCAGGGCGCUGCGUGUGCUGCCGGGCGGGGGUAUGUGCUGGUGGCAGAGUGGUGCUGAGCGAGGUGGGAGUGCUUGGGUUGCUUUGCGUUAUUUCGAGGGCUCAGGUUUGAGUUUCUCUGUUAGAACUGCCUGGCUGCAGGCCGGAGACAGCUUUCAGCUGCCAGUCUCCGAGACGUGCUGCGGUUAAAUGCGCUCACUGGGUAGCUAAAAUGGCUGCUCUUGAGAGGCAUCCAGACCUGAGGCUCCAGCAGAGCAGCCCAGCAGAUCCCAGCACCAUCAGGAGGAGUCAUUUGGAGACUGACUGGAAGACCCCCACCUUGUCUGCCAAGUGCCAGAGCCGUGUCAGUGUGGCUGACAGCAGGGAUGGGGGCAUUGGGACCUCCUGCUCGGGCAGCACAGAAGACUUCUGCAGUUCCAGUAACAGUUCCUCAUUCCAGCCCAUCAAAGCCCAGGUCACCAUCCCAACAGCUCAUGUCAUGCCUUCUACACUGGGUACCUCGCCCUCCAAGCUGUGUCCUGCAGGAGACCAGAGCUGUUCCCAGGGCACUUCCAAACCUGCUGUGCCAGGAUCUGCUUCUGAACACACAGGGCUCACGAGAAACGGAGAGUUUAGUGCUGGGAAGCCUCCGCAGCUGCCCCCCAGGGAUCUGUUACGUCCCUACAGGACUACAGGGGAAAAUGGUCUGGGGCAAGCCUGGCAUCCUGUGUCUGAUCACAUGAGGACAGAGGACACUUGGAAGUUUGACACCCCUGCCAUUGAGCGCACCCUGAACCAGUCUCUCUUUCUGGACACGUUGUGCACUGACCCUCAGCGCAGGGUCCAGAGCUUCACUCCAGGCUCUGGGGCGGCUGAGGCAGGGAGGGACCAUUACAAGGUGCUGCCAGAGAGCAAACAAGCGGCGAACGGAGCCUGCGAGGCGCAGGCUGCGGCGUGGCCGAGCGGCAGCAGGCUGGCGCCGCCAGGACUGCAGACCAACAGCUUCUUCCCCAAGCCUGUGAGCCCAACGCCUCGGGGGGGCUGGGGGCCCGAGGGCUGCGCGCUGCAUCCGCACGAGAGGGGCUGCGAGCUGAGCGCCUGGAAACAGCAGCUGGAGAAGGUGCGGCUGCAGGUGGAGCAAAUGCAGUUACAAAACGGAGCUGCCUGCCACCAUCCCUCCAUGUACUCUCCUUCGCUGCCUGCACCUGAUCCAGCCCAGUGGAUCAAUAUCCUGAACUCCAAUGAAAACCUGCUCAAGGAGAAAGAGCUUCUUAUUGACAGGCAAAGGCAGCACAUAUCCCAGUUGGAGCAGAAGGUCCGGGAGAGUGAGCUGCAGGUUCACAGUGCCCUGCUGGGCUGCACAGCCUCCUACGGAGAUGUCUACAUGUUGAGAAUGCAGGAGCUGCAGCGGGAGAACGCUUUCCUGCGGGCACAGUUCACAGAGAAGACUGAGUCCCUCAGCAAGGAAAAGAUUGAGCUGGAGAGGAAAUUGGCUGCUGCAGAGGUGGAUGCAAAGCUGAUCCGGGAGUCACUGAAGGAAAUGAUGCAGAAACAUGCAGAGGAGCUGAAGAAACAGGAAGACAGGGUAAAGGGACGAGACAAACACAUUAAUAACCUCAAAAAGAAAUGCCAAAAGGAAUCUGAACAAAACAAGGAGAGACAACAGAGAAUCGAGACUCUGGAACGCUACCUGGCUGACUUACCCACUCUUGAGGACCACCAGAAACAGGGUCAGAAGCUGAAGGAAUCUGAGCUGAAGAGUGCUGCUAUGCAGGAAACAGUGCUGGCACUGGAGGCAGAGCUGGGAGAUGUCCGAGCUGCUUGCAGGGAGCAGGAGGUGCAUCUGGAAAACCAAAAACAGAAGGAGCUGGAGCUGCUCUCCACAGUGCGCAGCUUGCAGGACAAGGUGCAGCAGUGUGUAAAGAAUGCAGAGAGAGGACCUCCUGCCCAGGAUGGGGAGAGACAGAAAAUAGAAAAUGAGUCUCUGAAGAAAGAAUGUGACUGCCUCAGGAAGAUCGUGGAGAAAAAACAGAAGAAGAUGGAGCAGUUGUCCCUGCAGAUAAAGAACCUGGAAGAACAGGUGGCCCAGGAGGAGGGGACAAGCCAAGCUCUGAAAGAGGAGGCGAUGAGAAGAGCAAAUGCACUGCAGCAGCUCCAGACUGCAGUGAAAGAGCUUUCAGUGCAGAAUCAGGACCUGAUCGAGAAGAACCUGACCCUGCAGGAGCGCCUGCGGCAGGUGGAGCUGACGAGCCAGCCCCUGCCUGCCGAGACCGCCUGCCUGGCCCAGGAGCUGCAGGCAGAGCUGGCCAGCUGUCUCCAGGACCUGCAGGCUGUCUACAGCAUCGUCACUCAGAGGGCUCAGGGCAAGGAUCCCAACCUCUCUCUGCUCCUGGGAAUUCACUCUGUGCACUGCUCUGCCAAGGAGAAGGACAACUUGCUGAGCCCUGAUGGACUUGCAAAGAAACUGGUGGAGGUAAAAGAGCUUCACAAAGAGGUGGAGGACUUAAGGACUGCAAUAUCUGACAAAUAUGCUCAGGACAUGGGAGACAACUGCAUCACCCAGUAAAGUGCACUGCCCAAAGUAAGGCAGGAGAGGAAGACUUGAAACCCUCAGGGGUGUAGAGGUCCUACAACCCCAAAACCUAUUCAGCACUUUACCAUCCCUUUGCUCGGGUACACAAUGUGUGACUUAACCAGGCCCUGGGAAAUCAGGGGGGUCCUUCCCAGGGGUGUUUGGCUGCUGACUGGAGUCGUUCAGGGCUUUGGUGUCAGGGUUUGCAGUAGUUUUGAUCUUGUAGAAUGUGUUUUGUGCUGUGCUUGCUGGAGCUAGUGUGGUCUCUGAGGCUGGGAGAUGAGUUCUGAGCUGCCUUCCAGGCGUGUCAAAUGCUGAAUGUGCAAACGUGGCAGUUAAAAUCAUCACUGAAAGGAAAUGUAUGGCCUGGCCCCUGGUAGGUUUCUCUGUGCAGAGCCUGUGUGACUUGCAAGACCAGAGGAUUGUCAGAGUGUGCAGGAGGUAUCUCUGGGCUCCAGAGGUGAGCAGGUCUGCCAAUUAACACAGGUGCUAAUUACAGCAAGGUGCUACAGGCUCUGCAGAUGCUGUGCUCUGCUCUGGCUUGGAUGUUUGUGCUCGUGGAGCAGGACCUGCUUUCCUCGGGUGAUUGUGACCAGAGUCUUCCAGUAACUGCCAAGGGUUGGGCAACGAAGUAACACUAAAAGAAGCCUCUGAAAACUCUCCCCCUGAGCACUAACCCCAGAAGCCUUAAGCCUUUUAUCCCCCCCCCAGCAGCACUCUGUGGGGAUGAUUCAGGCAGCAGAGGAAGCAAAGUGGUGCUGAAAUGCCUUAAUGUGCUGGAGAAACCUCCUGUCCCAAUGCUGCUUCGUGCCUAAUGCAUCUGUUGGCAGGGUGAGGAGCUGCUGGUCCUUCUAAGUGACCUUUAGAGCCAUAGCAGAUUACCCUGGGGGGCCUCAAAUGUCCUUGCACCCCCAGGGCCCCUGCUGCAGGCCAGCAGGGAGAUUGCCUCUGCUUGGCUCUUUUCUCGAUGGGAGGAGUCCGUUCCGGUCCUGGCAGGGCAGGAUGAAACAGCUGGAUCCAGGAGCUGCUCCUGGUUCCUGCAAGGCUCAGGUUUGUUGUAGCCUUGCCCCUGGUGCUCUGCAACUCCCUGCCCCUCUGUUCGAUAAUGGGGGCUGCUAAAUCAGCAUGGGAGGUGGUUCACAUCAGCCCCUCCCAACCUUCCUGCAGCUUCACUGUGCUGAGCCUUUGCUUCUGGCAGUGCAGAGGAGGCAGUUUCUUGUUUCAGCUUGGAGCAAGAGGUAUGGGGGGGGGAUACUCCUGGAGCUUCUGCUGCUUGGUUACUCAUGGUUCACCCUCGGGGCUGUUAGCCCCAGGUUUGGGAGAAAUGCUUUUGUUACUGCUCUGCGGUUCCAAUUUCAGACCAAAUCUGUUCUGUUCCCUGUGCUUUGGCCACUGCUGGUGAUGGCAGCAGCAAACUGGUUGGCUUUGGUGUCCUGAGCUGGGCAACCAGCUCUGCCCUCUGCUUUUUCUAUCUGGGGUGUCCCAUUUCUGGCUGUUCCUGUUCUUAGGUUGCUGCUGUCUUGUUCUGUGCUAAAUGUGGGCCAAGGCCAUUUUCCUGAAGCGGUUUGUCCUGACGCAGGGGUGCAGAGCACAGGGUGACAGCUGCUGCCCUGCAGGUUCACAGGCUGCCCUUUAGCACCGUCCCCUUGCCCUGCAUCCCCUUCAGGGUAUGGCUCCAGCUCCCGGGUGCUGUGCACGGGUGGCUGCAGGAGCCCGGCUGAGAGCAUCCCCUCCUCCUCCUGCGAACCCGGACCCUUCUGGCGAAGGUGGGGAUGCCGCCCGGGACACCCUGGGCCUUCCUUUAGCGGGGCAGCAGGACCGCGGUCCCCCUUCGUCCCUCCCGGUCCCGGUGCUGUGUCCCUGGGCGCGGUGCGUUCGCGGCGGCCUUUGUCCCGUUUGUAGCGGGCGUUUGGAAUAUCAAAUAAAGCUGCUCUGGCUCCUCUCGUA